UAAUCCCAAAUGAAUAAAGGCUGACGUUGUUUGACAGUUGGUAUUUUGUGUAAAGACGGAAGUAAAACAAGUGGGAGGAGACGAAGGCCAUCACAGCUCCUACUACGCCUGAAACGGAGAACAGACAGUUUGGAUCCAAGAUGACAGACUCCAAGUACUUCACUACUACCAAGAAAGGGGAGAUUUUUGAACUCAAGGCGGAGCUGAACAGUGACAAAAAAGAGAAGAAGAAGGAGGCUGUCAAAAAGGUCAUUGCAUCAAUGACAGUGGGGAAGGAUGUCAGUGCUCUGUUUCCAGAUGUGGUGAACUGCAUGCAGACCGACAACCUGGAGCUGAAAAAGCUGGUCUACCUCUAUCUUAUGAACUAUGCCAAAAGUCAACCAGACAUGGCUAUCAUGGCUGUUAACACCUUUGUGAAGGACUGUGAAGACCCCAACCCUCUCAUCCGAGCCCUCGCCGUUCGCACCAUGGGCUGUAUUCGUGUGGACAAGAUCACCGAGUACCUCUGUGAGCCUCUGAGAAAAUGUCUGAAGGACGAAGACCCCUACGUGAGGAAGACGGCUGCAGUGUGUGUUGCAAAGCUGCACGAUAUCAACGCCCAGUUAGUGGAGGACCAAGGCUUCUUGGACACUCUCAAGGAUCUAAUUUCAGACUCCAAUCCCAUGGUCGUCGCAAAUGCCGUGGCAGCGCUGUCUGAAAUUGCAGAAUCACAUCCCAACAGCAAUCUCCUGGACCUGAACCCUCAGACCAUAAACAAGUUGCUGACAGCUCUUAAUGAAUGCACAGAGUGGGGGCAGAUAUUUAUUCUUGACUGUCUAGCUAAUUACACACCUCGGGAUGAUCGAGAGUCCCAAAGCAUCUGUGAGCGCGUCACCCCGAGGCUCUCUCAUGCCAACUCGGCGGUGGUGUUGUCAGCAGUUAAAGUUUUAAUGAAGUUCAUGGAAAUGCUCCCUAAAGACCUGGACUAUUAUGGCACUCUGCUGAAGAAGCUUGCCCCUCCUCUGGUAACGCUGCUCUCUGCUGAGCCUGAGCUGCAGUAUGUUGCACUCAGAAACAUCAACCUCAUUGUGCAGAGAAGACCGGAAAUUCUGAAACAUGAAAUGAAGGUUUUCUUUGUCAAGUACAACGACCCAAUCUAUGUCAAACUGGAAAAACUGGACAUAAUGAUUCGUCUUGCAUCUCAGGCCAACAUUGCCCAGGUGCUGGCUGAGCUAAAGGAAUAUGCGACUGAGGUGGAUGUGGACUUUGUGCGUAAAGCAGUCAGGGCCAUUGGCCGCUGUGCCAUCAAAGUGGAGCAAUCAGCAGAGCGCUGCGUCAGCACACUGCUGGAUCUCAUACAGACCAAGGUCAAUUAUGUGGUGCAGGAGGCCAUAGUUGUCAUCAAGGACAUCUUCCGCAAAUACCCCAACAAGUAUGAGAGUGUGAUUGCCACUCUGUGCGAGAACCUUGAUUCCUUGGAUGAGCCAGAGGCGCGUGCUGCCAUGAUCUGGAUUGUGGGAGAGUACGCUGAGCGCAUUGACAACGCUGAUGAGCUGCUCGAAAGCUUUUUGGAGGGUUUCCAUGAUGAAAGCACUCAGGUGCAGCUGCAGCUCCUGACUGCAAUAGUCAAGCUGUUCCUGAAGAAACCAACAGAGACCCAGGAGUUGGUGCAACAGGUCCUCAGCCUGGCCACACAGGAUUCUGAUAAUCCAGACCUCAGGGACAGAGGCUACAUCUACUGGCGUCUGCUCUCCACGGACCCUGUGGCUGCCAAGGAGGUGGUUCUGGCUGAGAAGCCUCUGAUCUCAGAGGAGACGGAUCUGAUUGAGCCGACCUUGCUGGAAGAGCUAAUCUGCCACAUUGGGACUCUGGCUUCUGUCUACCACAAGCCUCCCAGUGCCUUUGUGGAGGGCAGCCGCGGGGUUCAGCACAAGAGACUCCCAGGCAGUGCUGGAUCUGGAGAGAGCGUUGAGAGCCCAGACACGGGCUCUGCAGCUGGAGUUUCUGAUGCACCGCCUGCGGUCAUACCGUCACAGGGUGACCUCCUGGGCGACCUCCUCAAUCUUGAUCUGACACCCCCUGCCACCACUGGACCCCCACCCCCAGCCACUUCUGGCAUGCAGCUGGGCGCCAUGGACCUCCUUGGGGGGGGACUGGACAGCCUGAUGGGGGAUGAGUCUGAGCCGCUUGGAGGAGACCUUGGAGGAAGUUCGGCUAUGGGGGCUGGUUUUGGUGCUCCUCCAGCUGCGCCAGCAGCCUCAUUCAGCGCUCCUGUUAGCGGCGGACUGGAUGACCUGUUUGAUCUUGGAGGUGGCGUCGGUAUGCCGAUGGGAGCCUACAGCCCACCAAAAACAGUUUGGCUGCCAGCCAUGAAGGGCAAGGGGCUUGAAAUAUCUGGCACUUUUGCCCGCCGUGCUGGUGUCAUCCAAAUGGAGAUGACUCUCACUAAUAAAGCAAUGAGUGUCAUGACUGACUUUGCCAUCCAGUUUAACAGGAACAGCUUUGGUCUUGCUCCAGCUGGUCCUCUCCAGGUUCUGACCCCCCUCAGCCCCAACCAGAGCAUCGAAGUGACCCUUCCACUCAAUACGGUUGGACCUGUUAUGAAGAUGGAUCCACUCAACAAUCUGCAGGUGGCUGUUAAGAACAACAUUGACGUGUUUUACUUCAGCUGCCAGUACCCCAUCAGCAUGCUGUUUGUAGAAGAUGGGAAGAUGGAGAGACAAGUUUUCCUCGCCACAUGGAAAGACAUUUCUAAUGACAACGAGGCCCAGUUUCAGAUCAAAGACUGCCAUCUCAGCUCGGAUGCAGUCUCCAACAAACUUCAGGGUAGCAACAUCUUCACCAUCGCUAAACGUACCGUGGACGGCCAGGACAUGCUGUACCAGUCCACCAAGCUCAGCAACGGCAUCUGGAUUCUGGCUGAGCUCAGGGUGCAGACAGGAAACCCGACUUUCACAGUGUGUCUGAAGUGCAGAGCUCCAGAGGUUUCUCAGUGCGUCUUCCAGAGCUACGACGCCGUGCUGAAGAACUGAGCGAACAUCCGACCGUCCGCUGCGCUGCACCGACCUUCUGUCACCUUCUUCUGCUCUUUAUCAGCGACGCGUCGACCAGGUUGCAGCCUGGCGCAGCGCAGAAACGCCGUCCUGCAGUCAUGUUGUCCUUUCAGUAGAUGACCUAGCCGUCGGUUGUAACCUAUUAGAGCAGCACUAUUAGUUCCCGAAAAAACGGCACCUAUUUCAGGCUUUCUAUCUUUUAAUAAUGUUUAGUUCAGGAUUUUCGUCUUGAGCUAAAUUAUUGGAACAUCUCCAGUUUUUCUUGCCUUUCCCUCAUAAUGACCCAUAUUCAUUAAGGGCCAGACGGCGGACCGACGUCUGUCCUUGUGACUUUCUCUGCAUGAGGCUCUACAAUCAUUUUCUAGCCCCGCUUCUCUGCAAACUUCAGUCUAUUUUUAGCACCCGCAAUCAGCAGGUGAGCCAUCAGCUUCAGUAUAUUUAUUUAGGGGUGCAUUUAAGUUGAGGCGCAGUAGAAAGAGGCCUGUGACUGAUGGACACAUAAUUACUUAAACUACACUAUAGUGAUUUUUAUAAAGUUUUCUUUAGUAUCUUUACAGAGCGGUGGAUCUGGAUCUACUACUGUUUCUGAAAGCAGAAUGUCUGUCCGACGUGUGCAUGGAAAUCUGUGUUUCGGGUUUUUUUUUUUUUACAUCAAUUUCUUGACAUUUAGAGACUAGCAGCGUGUGUCAGCUCACUGCUCUCGUGCUUAGUCAUUCCAUGGUUUAAUUUGUGUUUUGUAUUCUCCCUGUUAGUGUCCAUGCAGCAGGCUGGAAGAGAGCCUCAGGGUGCAAGGUUUCUUUCUUUUUUUUAAUAUGUCCUGUCGGUUCCUGCGUCAGCGACGGCCUCUCGGGCUCUCUGCCACUCUGCUCUCGCUUCCUCUGAAACCUCGCUGCAGCUCUCCACCGGAGAUGAAGGCCCAGGUGACACAAACUAAUGUCAUUUGUUACAGAUAAAAGCAUACGUCUCGUAGCACACUGUCUCACCUGAAGGAGGGCUAAUUGGAUUUGUUUUCCAAGUCGUCACUCUGAAGCCCUUUGUCUCUUCGGCAUGAAUGCACCUACUCUCACUACUUCAUGAAAAUAGAGGCUGUGCAUUCUGUGUGCGUCCCUUUUGUGUGUGUUGACGGAUGAUUCAUAUGACAUAUGCUGUGUUAAUUAAUCAGAUGUUUAAUCAGAGGUUCUUGAUUUACUUGAUUUUGUCGUAUGUGUGUACGUUGUUUGGAGAAAAGAGAAAAAAAACGAUUAAAGUCCCCUGACGAAUCCA